AUGCAGAGUUACAAGAACUCCGCCGAGGCUAUCGAAGCUGCGAAGACAGGUGUUGCCGAAGGACCGCUUCAAAGCACCUCGAUCGACUCUGGCAAUCCGACAAAUACCGGCAAGAACUACAAGAACUCGGCCGAAGCCAUCGAAGCUUCAAAGCCAAGUGUUCCGGAACGACUGCAGCAACAGUCGUCGAGUGACUGUGGCAAUACCAGCGUUUCGCAGGGCUUCAAACCCUCGGCGGAGGCUACGGACGUGGCAAAGAAGGGUGCUACCGAAGGACCUCAGCGAGACUCGUCUGCUGACUUCGGCAAUCCCAGCGUUGCGAAGGGCUUCAAACCGUCGAGUGAAGCAACGGAGGUGGUGAAGACUAGUGCGACUGAAGCGCCGCAGCAAAACGAUUCCGAUGAAUGUGGCAAAUCCAACACAUCGAAGCUACAAACCUUCGGCGGAGGCUACGGACGUGGCAAAGAAGUCCGCUCGAUCCUGGCGCACUUGUUCAUGGAUUUUGCGGUUGAUCUACCAGCUGAUCUGACGCCCCUGUCGCGCGAGGAGAAGCGCCUAAAGACGACCCUAUCAAUGCUCCUGAAAAACGCCGAAGAAAAACGUUUGCUCAUGGAGGAGGAUGACGUGCAUGCUCUGGAGGAAGAGGAGGCCGAACGGGAUCACCAUGAAGCUGCGAAGACAGGUGUUGCCGAAGGACCGCAGCAAGGCACAUCGAGUGACUUUGGAAAUUCGGAUACCUUGAAGGGCUUCAAACCCUCGACUGAAGCAACGGAUGUGGCGAAGAAAAGUGCGACUGGAGGGCCGCAGCAAGACGAUUCCGAUGAAUCUGGCAAAUCCAACACAUCGAAGACGUUCAAGAACUCGGCCGAGUCGACGAACGUGGAAAGGAAGGGCACUAACGAAGGACCACAACAAGACUCGUCUGCUCACUGCCGCAAUUCCAAUGUUUCGCAGAGCUACAAACCGUCGGCGGAAGCAACGGAGGUGCCGAAGAAUAGUGCGAAUGGAGGGCCGCAGCAAGAUUCCGAUGACUGCGUCAAAACGACUACCACGCAGAGCCUGAAGAACUCGGCCGAAGCCAUCGAAGCUUCGAAGCCAAAUGUUGCCGAAGCACCGCAUCAAAGCACCUCGAUCGACUCUGGCAAUCCGACAAAUACCGCCAAGAGCUACAAACCGUCGGCGGAAGCUACGGACGUGGCAAAGAAGGGUGCUACCGAAGGACCUCAGCGAGACUCGUCUGCUGACUUCGGCAAUUCCAGCGUUGCGAAGAUAUCUGCCGAAUCGUCUAAAUCCGUCUCCGGCUCGUCGUCGUCGAAGAAGAUGCGCAAGAAGAAAAGAAGAAAAAGGCACCUUACAUACCACAACAUUCCAUGCCUAAUCUCGCUGCAGCUUCGACUCCAUAUUCCGCUUUCAAAUCGGUUGAAUCUUCACCGUCUC